UUAUCGCCAGAGUACUCGUGAGAGAGAGAGAGAGAGAGAGAGAGAGAGAGAGAGAAGAGAACGUGAAUACUUUCGUCCUUCCAGGUUCUUCUCCUUGACCGUGAAACCCUAAGCAUUAUCUGUUUGCACAGCUCGUUUCAGUCUAAAUUUUGUCUUGAUUUGGAGAGAUGGCAUCGGUGCAUACAAGCUUGAUGUCGGUUGUGUGCAAGAAUGGCCAUUCCGCUCCUGCAAAGUUUCCCAACUCUGCCUUCUUGACUGGGUUUGAUGUUGUCGGGCGUGUUGCAACUGUGAAUAGGAAGGAAACAUGUCCUACCCACAUGGCUUCUGGUCCUAAAGCCACAUUAACCUUCGAUCCCCCAACAACCAAUUCAGAGAGAACCAGACAAAGGAAGAAUACUGUCGAUCCUGCUUCUCCUGAUUUUCUCCCACUUCCAUCUUUUGAACAGUGUUUUCCAAGGAGCUCAAAAGAGUACAGGGAAGUUGUUCAUGAGCAAUCUGGUAAUGUACUCCAAGUUCCCUUUCGACGAGUCCACUUGUCUGGGGGCGAACCAGAUUUUGACACAUAUGACACCAGUGGCCCUCAAAAUAUUAGCCCACGCAUAGGACUUCCUAAAUUGCGCGAGGAUUGGGUUGACAGACGAGAGAAGCUGGGUUUACCAAGGUUUACUCAGAUGUACUAUGCUAAGCAGGGAAUUAUAACUGAGGAAAUGUUGUACUGUGCAACUCGUGAAAAGCUUGACCCAGAGUUUGUGAGGUCAGAGGUUGCUCGUGGGAGGGCAAUUAUCCCUUCCAACAAGAAGCACUUAGAGCUGGAACCUAUGAUUGUUGGAAGAAAUUUUCUGGUCAAAGUUAAUGCAAAUAUUGGAAAUUCUGCCGUUGCAAGCUCUAUUGAGGAGGAAGUAUACAAGGUUCAAUGGGCAACCAUGUGGGGUGCAGACACUGUUAUGGAUCUCUCAACUGGCCGCCACAUUCAUGAGACACGCGAGUGGAUCCUACGUAACUCAGCUGUACCAGUGGGCACUGUACCAAUCUAUCAAGCACUUGAAAAAGUGAAUGGAAUUGCUGAAGAUUUAAGCUGGGAAGUUUUCAGGGACACCCUUAUUGAGCAAGCUGAGCAGGGUGUAGAUUACUUCACAAUUCAUGCUGGUGUUCUGCUGCGGUACAUCCCCUUAACAGCAAAACGCAUGACAGGAAUUGUUUCACGUGGAGGAUCCAUUCAUGCAAAGUGGUGCUUAGCUUACCAUAAAGAGAACUUUGCGUAUGAGCACUGGGAUGAUAUACUUGAUAUCUGCAACCAAUAUGAUGUGGCACUGUCAAUAGGGGAUGGGUUGAGACGUUCUAUAUAUGAUGUUAAUGACACUGCUCAUUUUGCUGAACUUUUAACCCAAGGGGAGCUAACCCGCAGGGCAUGGGAGAAGGACGUGCAGGUGAUGAAUGAAGGUCCAGGACAUAUUCCAAUGCACAAGAUUCCUGAGAACAUGCAAAAACAGCUUGAAUGGUGUAAUGAAGCACCUUUCUACACUCUCGGUCCUUUGACAACUGAUAUUGCUCCUGGAUAUGAUCAUAUCACCUCUGCCAUUGGUGCAGCCAAUAUUGGGGCUCUAGGUACAGCACUGCUCUGUUAUGUGACACCAAAGGAGCACCUUGGGCUGCCAAAUAGGGAUGAUGUGAAGGUUGGAGUUAUAGCAUAUAAAAUUGCUGCUCAUGCGGCUGAUUUAGCCAAAGGUCAUCCACAUGCUCAAGCCUGGGAUGAUACAUUAAGCAAGGCAAGAUUUGAGUUCAGAUGGAUGGACCAGUUUGCUCUGUCACUUGACCCCAUGACUGCCAUGUCCUUCCAUGAUGAGACUCUUCCAUCAGAUGGUGCCAAAGUGGCACAUUUUUGCUCUAUGUGUGGGCCAAAAUUCUGCUCUAUGAAGAUAACAGAGGAUGUCAGGAAGUAUGCUGAGGAGCACGGUUAUGGGACUGCUGAGGAAGCUGUGCAACAUGGGAUGGAUGCUAUGAGUGCUGCAUUCCUUGCUGCUAAGAAAACUGUUAGUGGGGAACAACAUGGUGAAAGUGGUGGAGAAAUCUACUUGCCAGAGAGUUAUGUUCAAUCCUCUCAGAGGUGAAGGUCAUAUGAACAAUGGAAGUGGGUUUGGAAUCACCUUUGAGCCAUGAUGCUACUUAGGCUUGUCAAUAAUGGUCGUAUGCAACACUAGCAUCAGGCUGUUGGUGAGUUUCAUAGUUUGAGUCUGUCAGUGAAGCUUUAAGACUAUCUUUCUUUGUUUUGAGUUAUUUCCUAUAGCCAAAUAAUAAAACUGUUGUUGUUUCAACUUUUAUCAUUUUGUGGGUUUAUAUUGACAUAAGAAGCACCAGGGGUGCCUGUAUCUGCCAAGCAAUAGCUUUUAAUUAAUGGCUACGGUGAAAGCAGAUCAGGCUGAGAAAGUCCCUUUGAACCUGAACAGGAUAAUGCCUGCGUAGGGAGUGUGCAUUUUCUUUUUCUGUUUUUUUGGUUCUGUGCUUGAACAGGCGAGGAGCUUCUGCAUCCAUUCAUGGCUUGAUCUUAGCCGGUCAGUGUUUGGCAAAUUCAGCUUUAAUGGCCAAUGGUCAGGCUUAUUGAUCCCAGUGGCUUGCCUUGGAUAUAACUGAAAAUGGCAAGUGAUGUUGCCUGCCUGAUCAGUCGUUUGUUGCCAUGAUGAUGAAAGGGAAAUUGCCUUGUCAAUA